CUAGGCUCAGAGAGGAAUGUGAAUGUCCAGGGACAAAUCUCCAUCCAUCCCUCAUCACAGGGGAACGCCAGGGCCAUGCAGCUUCUGUGAGGACCCUGCUCUGUGUCCCAGACAUGCCCCUCUGCGGCUGUGCCCAGCAGCCCUGCAACACCUGGUCCCACGUGCCACCCUGCUCAGGGUGCCAUCACCUCCCCCAGCCAUGGCCACCCUUGCUACCAGACCCACAGCCCCUCAUCCCACACCCCUGUGUUACAGAGAGACCUGUGGAAGAUGUCGAACCCGAGAAACGGCGACACCAAGCCCCCAUGUUUGCCCCGCAAUGGACUGGUGAAGAUCCCCACGCAACCCAACGGCCUUGGCUCCGCCAGCAUCACCAAAGGCACCCCUGCCGUGAAAAACCGCUUGUGCCAGCCUUCCUCCGUGCCUGCCAUCCUCAGCCCGGCCUUAGCCCACCGCAGCGACCUGCCCAUCCCCAGCCUGGCUUCCCCGCUCUCCUUGGCCACUCUGGCCAGCGUCUCCUCCCCUCCCGGCGCUUCCUUGGUGGGACUGAACGCGAGCGAAGGCUCGGAGCAGCCCUCUCCGGAGCGGCUGCCAGGCUCGCCCUCAGAAAGGCAGCUGGCGGUGGACGAGAAGAUCCUCAACCGCUUGUUCUGGUACUUUUCGGCAUGCGAGAAGUGCGUGCUGGCGCAGGUGUGCAAGGCAUGGCGGCGGGUGCUCUACCAGCCCAAGUUCUGGGUGGGCUUGACGCCCGUCCUGCACACCAAAGAGCUCUACAACAUCCUGCCCGGUGGAGAGAAGGAGUUCGUCAGCCUGCAGGGCUUCGCCGUCCGCGGCUUCGACGGCUUCUGCCUCGUGGGCGUCUCUGACCUGGACAUUUGUGAGUUCAUUGACAACUACCCCCUCUCCAAGAAGGGGGUCAAGUCCAUGAGCCUUAAGAGGUCGACCAUCACAGAUGCAGGGUUGGAGGUGAUGCUGGAGCAGAUGCAGGGUGUGGUGCGGCUGGAGCUGUCAGGCUGCAACGACUUCACAGAGGCCGGGCUGUGGUCAAGCCUCAACGCCCGCAUCACGGCACUGAGCGUCAGCGACUGCAUCAAUGUGGCCGACGAUGCCAUCGCUGCCAUCUCGCAGCUCCUGCCCAACCUCACCGAGCUCAACCUGCAAGCCUACCACGUGACGGACACGGCGCUCGCGUACUUCACCGCCAAGCAGGGAUACACCACCCACACCCUGCGGCUCAACUCCUGCUGGGAAAUCACCAACCACGGCGUGGUCAACAUGGUGCACAGCCUGCCCAACCUGAGCGUCCUCAGCCUCUCGGGCUGCUCCAAGGUGACAGAUGAUGGUGUAGAGCUGGUGGCCGAGAACCUGCGGAAGCUGCGCAGCCUCGACCUGUCCUGGUGCCCCCGCAUCACCGACAUGGCCCUGGAGUACAUCGCCUGCGAUCUGCACAAGCUGGAGGAGCUGGUGCUCGACAGGUGCGUGCGGAUCACCGACACCGGCCUCAGCUACCUGUCCACCAUGUCAUCCCUGCGGAGCCUCUACCUGCGCUGGUGCUGCCAGGUGCAGGAUUUUGGCCUGAAGCACCUCCUGGGCAUGGGCAGCCUGCGCCUCCUCUCACUGGCUGGCUGUCCCUUGCUGACCACCACGGGGUUGUCUGGGCUGGUGCAGCUGCAGGAGCUGGAGGAGCUGGAACUCACCAACUGCCCCGGGGCCACUCCGGAGCUCUUCAAGUACUUCUCCCAGCACCUCCCGUGCUGCAUGGUGAUCGAGUAG